UCAUGGUCUUUGCGACGUUUGCACUAGGAGAGUAAUUAACUACGUCUCAUGUUUUCAUCUGAGAAUGAGUGAUGCCGACAGUCCCGAUGGUGGCAGGGACAAAAAGAAAUCAAAACACCAUGAGGACAAUGACACCACAAAAAGACAGUACAGAAAAGUUGGAGAAAAACUCAGGCGAGACAAACUGAAAAGUUAUUUGUCUGUACUAGCUCAGGAAAUACCCUGGAUCUCUGAUGCAAACCACAAAGUUGACCGGUCACAGAUACUGAAACUCACAGUUAACUAUCUCAAGUUUCACCAUGGUGUCAAGGAAAAGAAAAUCGCACUCCAAAAAUGGAAACCCAACUUCCUGUCAUCCGACACUCUUCGGCAGUGUCUCAGUGAGGCUACUGGUGGAUUUGUGAUGGUCGUUUCACACACAGGAACUGUUGUGUUUGUGUCAGAAAGCAUUUCCUGUAUACUUGGCCAUUCUCCAGUGAAUGUGAUUGGCCUCCCCAUUUCCAACAUUCUCCAUGAAGAUGACUGUGAAACAUUUAGUCGACAGUUUCAGAUGGCUGAUGAAAAUGCAUUUAUAUGUGAGAGUCUGCCAUCUGACCAGGAGAGGGUACAGAUAAACACUUUCAAGAGUAACCACAGAUCAUUCCUGGUACGGAUGCAAAUUCUGCUGAAAAACAGUAACAUCCUACAAUAUGAGACUGUCCAUUUUCUGGGGAAAAUCUCGUCUGAAGACACAAAGACUGGUGACAAAAAAGUCAAAACCUCAGAUCAACACAACAUCUGGCUAGUGGCUGUUGGGCGGUUGGUAAGGGACCGGGUCAUACAUGAAUUGUCUGUGAUGGGUUUAGACAAACUGGAAUGGUGUAGUCAACACAGUAUGGAUGGAACAGUCCUUUUUACUGACCAAAGAGUAUCCCAAUGUUUGGGUCUAUUCUCAGGAGAAAGUACUGGACAUUCCUGUUAUAAGUAUAUCAUACCGGAGGAUAUCCAGGCUGUCAGCAUCAGCCACAUGAAAAUUAUGACAGACAAUGAGGUACCACAAACUAUCUUUAGGUUAAAGAUACCAAAUCAGGAUACAAAGUAUAUUGUGUCUCGCUCUGUCGUCGUCCGGGACAAGUGGACGAAGGAGGCAAAAUUCAUAUCCAGCAUUAACAUUAUCAUAGAUAAGACUGAAGGAGACCAGCUAUUGGAAGAACAACAGAAGAAAGUUGAUACCCUCAUUGCUGUAACAAAACAACUUAGCCUUCAAAAGGACAAUUCUGAAGUCCCAGCUCAGAAAGACGACAUGGCAGACAGAAAUUGUAACAAUUCAGAGAUCGCAUGUGACUGUGGUACGUCAGAGAGCCCUGUUGGCAAUGUGAAAAACUUUGAAUCAAUUGAAUCAUCUGCUCAUGUAAGACCUAGACAGUUUGGCACACCACUGCUUAAAAGUCUUUUGGUAAGUGACCUCGUCAGUUCCUCCAACAUACACUGUACUUGUACUACGGAGACUUGCAGUGAAACCAGUCCCGUCAGUAGUGGUUCUCAUUCAAUCAAUAGCGGUUGUUCUCACUCCAUCAAUAGGAAUGCCUGCUCACAGAGCACUGGUUCUUCUGAAAGCAAAAGUGGUAGUCCGCAGAUCUUUGGGAAUGAAGACAGCCCUACAGCCUCUAGUGGAGGAAGUCUUGAUGUCACAAAUGGGGAAGGAAGUCCUUAUCUUUACGAUGAAGAUACAAAUUGCCAUUCCUUAAGCAAUGAUAGACCCCUUGUUAAAGAUCAUAAGAACAUUGUUACAGGCAGCAUUAAUAAAGAGUUAAUUAGCACGACAGAAGAAGAACCAUCAUGUGAUGAGAAGAUUCCAGCUAUAUGUAGCAUACAGAGGGUGAGAAACUGGACAGAUACCCUCACAGAAGUAGAAAUGGAUAUUUCUAGGAGCACAGAUCUCAGUGAUUCACGUGAUGCCUACUCAAGCCAAAGCAACUUGACUCUUCAGCAAUCUCUUUCUGACACAAGCAGUGCCAGCCUUGAUGGCCUUGAUAGAUACUGUCCUAAUUCAGACCCAACAAACAUAGAAUUAAGUCCAUCGGUACAGUCGAAGUUAUCCCAUGACCAGUCCAGCCCUGUAUCUAAUAGUCGGUCAUUCCAGCCAUCAGGCCGAUUUCAUGAAAUUAGCUCUGUACAGACAAGUUCAGUUCAUAACCUGAAUUCCUUCAACAUGUUAUAUACCACAUUACCUUGCACUGUAGAUUCGAACCUUACCUUUCAAUCAAGCCUUCCAGGUAGUCAAUCCAGUAAUCAAUCGAGCGUUUUAUACAGUCACUCCGAACAGCUGCCAUUGCAUGUACCGUUUGAUAGUCAUGUAUCAGAUGAUUUAAGCGUAACUCCAGAACAAGCUAGUUAUGCGGAAUCACGUCAAUCAUUUGAUCAAACUUGCCAACCUUGCCAGGCACUGCCCAGCGUAUCAUUUGCAAAGGCUUAUCCUGAAAAGCCCAGCAUUAAAUGUUGUGCUGACCAAUCAAACGUUCCCUCACGCUGGUCAAUCUCCAAGGACUCCAAAGAAAUUCAAAACCAAGAAAAUACUACACUUUCCGUUUUACUAUCAUCCCCGACACUGGACCAUCAACAAUCAUUAAACAGCCAAUCAAAAUCUGCACAACAUGAUCAAUACAAUCAACUUCAUUUUGAACAGGCCAGUCAUACCUACAAUGAUAUUAAUUUGUUGUCUGCAGUCCAGAGCAGUGUUUCCUAUGAUUACUCAGGAAAUGGUGAUGAUCAUCUGUCUAAAUGGCCAAUGUUCAAGCAGCAACACCCGCAAGGACAAUUGGGAUUGAACCAAAGCAGAUGUGAACAACAAAAUAUUGAACAUGGCCAGAUUUGUCGAUCAGAAAAAGGAGCUAUAUCUGGCUGUAGACAAAGCAUCACAUCAUGCAAGGGAACCGCUUGCUCUAGUGAACUGGAUGAAAUUCAAAAGGACAAUUUUCCUUUAGUACCGGAGAAGGAAUUCAAAACAAGAGAUUCCCGACAGAAAGAAGUUUUAUGUGCCUCUGCGAACGAAUCUACUCAAGAUUUUCGAAAGAAGGAAUGCAACGCAUAUUUUAAACUGGCAGGCCAGCUCCGCGCUAAACACAAACAAAUCAGGAAGUCCCUUGUGUCCCAGGAGUCUGUGCUGGACCAAGUACAAGAAAACCUCUCCCUGGUAACCGACGCUCAAACUGGAAAUGGACAGAAUGGUACAACGCUAAACCAGAAUGUUUUUAAUCUGAAGGCUGCGAUUCGAGAGCAGAGGAUGCAGCUCUCUGAUCUUGAGGAUGAGUUUAUCUCGAGGAUAUCGGACAGGAAAUGAUUGCCGAAAGGUAAUUUUGACUGCUCCUUAAGUACAUAUCAUUAACGCAAUACGCUUGUGUAAACGGACCCUUAUAGAGUACAAGUGCAAUUUAAACUACCGUUUGACACUUUCAAAACUAGUUUCUAUAUAAUAAAACUUAAUUGCAGUUUUAUGCUAAAAUAAUUGUCAGGGUUGAAGACACUCACUUAACACAAUAAUGCUUUAAUUAUGAGGUUGUUGUUAAUUUUACUAUAUUUAUAUUUAUAUUAUAUUUAAAAUGAAAAUGUACUGCAGCAUUAAAUUGCCAAUUGCCAAUUCUGGCUACUCUUUAUCACAUCACAGAUGCAAUAAAUCCGGGUUGAUGUUUGUCUUUCCACGGCAGUCUCGGUAUUUACAUUCAGUCCAUAUAGAAAUGAGGAAAAGCACGUGAUACAUCAAGUACGCAUUACAGAACAUGUAGGAACAAAAUGUACAUGUAAGUGCACUUUGUCGCGCUUUAUAAAUAUGUACUAAUAUCGCAUAUACUAAUUUGGCAUAUAAGUUAUAUUAUAUAAUGUAUUCUGUGAAAACUGAAAUAUAUUCUAUAAUGUAUUUAAGAAAAUUGAAAGUUUUAGCACUUAAGAUGGCCCAACGCUUUCAACUAAGACGAAUUCCUUGAUCCGCAGUUUGGAGAUAUCGUGCGAACGGAUAUAAAUAUAUAAGACCCGAACACAUCAUCUUCGGUAUUAUCAUGUUACCUUUGCUGUAUUAAAUUAGAAUUAUGUUUGGAGUAAGCAUCGUGCUGUAUUUUUAUUAAGUGACAUAUUAAGGGAAGAAGGGAAUACUGGGCCCUAUAGAACUUCUUCUCUGCUAUGAAUCCUACAAGGUAAUUGAAAUUCCAAUUCACUUCAAUUGUUACUAGGUCAACGAAUCGUAUAAUCAUGGUAAUAUCUGCUAAAUGUUAAUGAGAUAGAGUUAAGGUUACCCUACCUUGUUUGAGAAGUGUUGUACCGAUUUGGUAUAUUUCAAAAACAUUUCUUGUAAAUAUUUGUUUGGCGUUUAUGGUAAAAAUUAUUUUGCAAGAGCUAAUAUUUAUGAAUCACAGACACAAAUUUCCAUCCGUCGAAAUUACGUCCUUUUUAUUUAUGCCAGCUAUCGAAUUUGGUCCUAUGUGUAUUAUUAUAUACCUUGUAAUAUGAUACCAUGUACGCAUACAUAAAUACUGUGUUCUGGACUUCAAUUUGUACCUUAAGUCGUUAUAAGGUAUUUGUAAGAAAUCUGUAUUGCGAAAAUAUUGUGAUUGUGUUUUGUUCAAAGAUAUAAUAAACAUGUUUUUGGAUUUAUUUCGUACUGUGAAAAGAAUAGAAUUCCACCUUCAUGUGCAUAAUAUGUAGACGUUUUAAUCAACUGGUCUCAAAUCAGACUUAUAUGUUGCAUUAACAAGAACUAUUCGCUUUUUGUCUAUUUUUUAUCCGACAAAAUACUUUACCAUAUCUUAAUUGUCUUCCAUCCAAGAAGUCAUGUAAAGAAGAUUGACGCUUAGAUGUUAAUUUUCCGUUCUGUUUAAAUCGUUUUCAGUCAAGGGAAUCGAAAUUCAAAUCAGCAUAGCACUAUAGAUUUGUUAUUAUAUUGGAUGAAAUAAACAAGCGAUCAAAUGACUUCUGUAUUAAUAUAAUUUAUAAAUAUUAAAGAAGCUCCAUGGUAAGCUACAUCGCCGAGAGCCACUACACUACUGUCAUAAAAAUACAUUAAAUGACAUCCAUGGUAUGGAAAUAUAUCUAAAUAAAUGAAUAAGCUUCCGCAUAAUGAUCGCUAACAAGACCGAAUGUUACAUAUAAGAUAUAAAGGGAGGCACUAUAGAAUUUGUUCGUACUAUUAUUUAUUCACUAUUAGUUUGAAAGAUAUAAGAGAAGUUCAAACAUUUAGAGGGUGGUAAUAGUGUGUAGUAUAUGUAUAUGUCUUUUCUAGUUUUCGAUCAUAAUCACCCGUUGUCCCUUUCAAUCAGAACUAUUUUAUAAGUGUUUUGCAUGUUGCAAAAGCCAAAGCGGGGACAUCGAUCCAUAAUUAUGUAUCGCGGAAUUUCCACGUACCCCUCCUUUGUUUAAGAUGUAUUACCUCUGUAGGUUUGAUUUUCAAAUAUAAUUCAUAUUUCACAAAAAUUAGUAUGAAGUGUAGACAGUAAUAAUGUAUAACAUGAACAGGUAACCUAUAGUGCACGACAUUGUGUAUAAACGAUGUGGUCAUCUACUAUUGAAGUAGAUAAUGUAUGAAGGUUUAAGACAAACCCGUUAUCUUGACAUUGUUUCUGUAAAAAAUAUUAUCUUAAAAAGGUUUAAUGUAAUGGAAAUAUGUUUUUAUUGUUUCAAUGGUGAUGAUUUAAUGAUAUUUAUAUCCACAAUAACGUCAUUGAAGACAAACGUUGACAUUGGUAUUGUGAUUUGCAUUUACUUGAUGUGUGUAUCAAGGUAAAUGUGAUUGUUAUUGUUCUAAAAGAUUAAUAUUUUCCUUUGUUAUUCUACUAAAAGAGUUCAAUAUUUUUUCUUUGUUGAUGUGUAUAUAUUAGUAAAGUGUUUAUAUUAUACAAAUUUAGAUUUAAGAUGAAUAUUUUUGAAAGUGUUAGAUAAUGUAUACUAUUGAAGUUUAUGAUGACGUUUCCCCAUAAAGUGUUAAGUGUUGUAUAUGAUAUAGAUUUAUUUAUUUUACGGAUUUUACGUCCGCAAUUACGACCGCACGGCCAUUCAGUUGACAAGGAUGCACUUUUUAAAAAGAUGGAUGUUUUAUAUUUAGAGUUUAGUGCUGCCAUUGGUUGAUGUUUAUAUGUGAUAGGUAAUUCAUCAUGACGGUCAUUGUGUAUUGUAUUGAAUACUCUGCCUUAAACAUUUUCAUACUUUUGAUUACAUUACAAUGUACCAAGAUUUAUUUGUACUAAUGUAUACAAUAUUUUUCCAUAUGAAAUGCCAUAGAUAUUGUGCUACUUUUAUCUCAUUUGGCCCAAAGUGCGAAUGUAGAAUCGCAAACGAAUGUAUAGCCAGUAGCUUCCUGUAAUGAAGCCAGUCAAAGCUAGCAAAAUAUAUACAAUUGAUCACAGGAGUAAAAUUUGGUAUCUACUGAUUAACUGGGAUCGUGAUAUUUGGUUUGUUCCUUAAUCCCAUAAUGAAGUUUGGCAAACAAGUUUGUCAAAAAUGAUAAUUUGUGCACAUAAUAUUUUAUUAUGAAGCCGAAUUUUAAGCUACAUUCUAAGCGAUGCACUGUAAAAUUCAGUGUAAACCGUCUACACUGGGUUUGUUAGGGUGUUUAUGUAUGGUCUUGUAAUCUUUUGUCAUCAUCUUGAAAUGUCAAUAAGGCAAUCUUUGUCAUAAUAUUGAAAAUAUAUCUAUAUCAGUCAGCUACUCGGACAGCAUUCCUUACUAGAAUCUACAGACUAGUGUUUCUUACAAGGAAACAAUUAACUGAAACGUGUUAUAAAUGAAUGUAAGCAUACAUCUAAAGGGAACUUGGUUUGUAACAUGGACACAUUAUCAUAAGUUGACGAGGGGGGGAUCAGAGGCUCCAAAAGGGAUAUCUAAUAAAGGGGAUGUAGACACGCCUAUAUCGCUUUCUACAGAGAUAACCUCGUUUCCUUUUCAUGGUCUAUACUUUUUAGUGUAAAUAAAUCUUUGACCUACAUGCCUAUUUGACCUUUGAUUCAGCUUAAUCACAUACUGUAUUAAAAGAAAUGGGGACGUCUUUAAACAAGAAUCCAAGUGCGCGGAAUGAAUAAUACCUUGUUUAAGUGAUAUACAAUUGAUGUUUUAAACAGUUUUACUUUUACCAAUUUCAGAAGUCACAUUGGUUAAAUUCCGGAUUAUUAUAACAGCGGAUUAUAAUUUGUUAACGGCUAUACAUGUAUUGUAACUUUAUAUAAUAAUUUGUGUGAUAUUGUGGUGUAUGAUAGAUACAAUUAUUAAAGUUAUUCAUCAAUAUUUAUCAGACAUAUUUAUUCAGGAUAUGUCUGCGAGGCUUACGAUGUUGUGAAAAUAAAGGUCGAAAUCUCAUUACCAGUAAAUGACGGUGUCAUUCAGCAUUUGAAAAUGUAUUGGACAUUGAGCGUUUCAAAGUGAAUAAAUCACUUUAUGUUAAUAUGUUGUCUUGGCUCCUACUCAAAUAAGCAACAAUUUAUAUAAUUGAUAACGUUCGGCGUCAAACAUUAAUACUUAAUUCAGACACGUGUUUAUUGCUCUGAAUUUAUUAUCCCCUCGUGCGUCGAGUCGCCGAGGGGAUCUAGGGAUCUGCCCGUACGUACAAGUACGUAUGUAAGAACGUACGUAAUAAAUUUGUGCGGAGCAUAACUUUCAAACAAAGCAUGAUAAUUUCAUCAAACUUCAUUCACAUCUAAACCACAUCGAGGUGGAGUGCAGUGUGCAAGAACCGUAACUCCUGCUUCUGUGUUAACCGUGUUAUUUCCCUUAAAAAUACCUUGUCCGGAGCAUAACUUUUAAUCUAUGCAUAAUAAUUUCACCAACUUAAUACACAUCAAGACCGCAUCCAGGCGAAGUGCAGUUGCAAGAACUUUUGCUUCCUUUUUCACCGAGUUAUUCCUCUUUGUGAAAAAAAAAUACUUACAAAAAAAGUUCUUACAUCAAGUAUUGCUACAGAGGAUAUCAAAACGCAGCAUCCAAGAAUCGUCACUUUUGCUUCGGUUAUUCGAGUUAUUCCUCUUUUUGGAAAAGUUACUUACAACAAGUUUUUUUUCUACAGAUGAUAUGAAAGCGGAGUGCAAUAUACAAAGUUGUGUUAGUAAGCUAUUGUAGAUUAUUGAAACAACCACUGAAAUGCAAAAUGUUCACCUUUAUAUCAGUUUUUGACAUAACUUGAAAAACUGCUCAGCACAAUGGGUCCUGAUAAAUUGUUUGAUAAAUUGUCCGAGUGCUACAUAAUAUAACUUCCAUUGAUGUCACCAUAUAUGUUUACAUCUGUUGUUAAUCACACCAGGAGUCUAUCAACUUAUUGUUAAUAACACAAAUCACAUUCCACUUGUGUCAGCCUGUUCCAUUCAUAAUUCACGUUCUUCGUCAGGGUUUUCCGCGAGGGGAUUAGUAUCGUUCCGCGAUGGCUUGUUUUAUGUGUUUCAUUGUGAAAUAUUUGCAUUGCAUUCUCCCGUCUUCAUGCAAUGAGUUUGAGACUAUUACUUUAGAGCGUCAUAUGGUGACAUUUUUGGUGUUACAUGUCUUAUUUUAAGCGGAGUGUCUUAUGUAAGCAGAGUGAAAUGCCUCAAUAAAUUGCAACUGUUCAUAUAGACUAAAUAUGUAACAGUUAUAGUCUUAAACCACUGCUAUAACAAAAUUAUUGUUAAAUCAUUCUAUAAAUAUACACACAGGUUUAUACAGUACUUACAAAAGUUCAUAUCACAUCACGACUUCGGUUAGGACCUUUAUGUAUGCAUCGAUACCAUUGACAAUUCUUUAUUUCUUGUACAUGAAGCGGACAUCCAUUCAUAUUUGAUAAAAUGAAUGAAAUCCAUUAGAUACUUGCCGUAUAAGUUUGUUAUUUCUUUUUUUUUUCAUUUCCGAUGUUAUCGUCAUUUAUUUUCAUUCUUUUUUGUUAUUCUCAAUAAUGUUUAGGAAAACAAUACGUUAUGUUAUUCAGCGAUACGUUGUUUUCGGAUGAUAGCUAGAGAUUCGUGUUACAAAUUAGGGCGGAAAUGUUCCGUAUUAACGUUUCAAUAUUGAUUUAUAUUACCUUACUCCAAGCGUUCAAGCUUAUGGCAGCUAUAACGUUUAUUUCCAGGAGGGAAUCAUGGUAAUAAAAUGUACUUUCACGACAUAUAUAUGUUUGAAUUGGAUUAUAUGUAGUACUGUAUAGCGGGUUAUGUUAGCGAGUGUAAACAUUAACGCUUUAACGUAAAAUGCAAAGAGUUAAAUCUUAAUGUAUAGAACUUUAGCUAUUAUUCAAUUUAUGAUCCUUAUUUUGGCGAUCAAGACGAUAAACAAUUAAAUCCCGUAUGUUGAAGAAAAGAACAUGCUACACUAUAUUUAUGGGGGUGAAAGUUUAUUUUUAAUGAUGUUUAGCAGUUGAUAUUUUUUCGUUUCAAAAUAAACUUAAAUAUUUACCUCGUUACCAUAAUGAUAUAUAAGCCAAUUCCUUUGUACGUUUAUAGAUAACGAUUGUUUUACCUACCGGUGACCAAAUAUAUUACUAACGAGAAGUGCACGCGUAUUUUGUGAUUAAAUGUCCAAAAAUACGACAAACACGCGUAUUAUUGAAAUUAUUGGGUUUUUUUUUAUUUUAUUUUUUUAAAUAUAAAAACAACAAAAUGGUCAGACCUGUUUGAACACUUUUGUUCGGAAGUGGGUGCUUGUUUCUUACACCUUACGCUUCUGUUUGUUAUAUAUUUAAACGUGUAUCGUACAAGCAAUGUUAAAAAGUAUGGUACAGCUUUGGGGUUUGAUGACAACAAAAUAACACUGAUACAUAUUACCUUAGGGCGCUCGUUUUGUUUUAAUUUGCAAUCGUAGUAUUCCCACUCAUUUAGUGUUUAUUUGGGUAUCAGGCUAUACAUGUACUUAAUUUGAUGAGGUGUGAAGAAGGAAACAUGUUUUUUCGCUGAAAUUGUUGCUCGCCUUAAGGUGCACAAAGACACCACUAGGGCGCAGGGUUAUAAAAUACAACAGUACUGUAAUUGAAUAUAUAAUCUAUGUAUCGUGAGAUUUUCGGUUUCACAAUGUUGAUAUACACUGUUACUUUUGAGGACAAUUAAUAUUAUUGAAACUUCCCUACACCUGUAAAUACACGUACAGAGUUGAUUUUUGUAUUGUGUUAUUUGACGUUGUGUAACAUUUGGUGCCUUGUUGUGACUGACAGUUAUGUUUUCAAUUUUCUAAUCCACUUAGAUUACACCAUUAGGCCUAAAUAUUAAGUAACUUUGACUAGUUCAUGCCAGUUUCUUCGCCCACCGGUGACAAUCGAAUCUCUACCAAGCAUCUUAUUUAGCAAUCCAUAGCUCUCCGAAACCUAAAGGGAACUUUAACUUUAAAUUCUCUAACUCUCCAGCUUUAAUUACUUUCAACUGUCCUUGAUUUGCACAUGUACAUGAGACAAACUUGGAAGUUGUAUUGAUCCACAUGUCAGUCAUUACUUACAUGAAUUGUCUCUUUAUAAAAAAAAUCUUCUCAAAACGCUGUUCGUAAAUCUUCAGCUGUAUUCCUGGUCUAUGUUAACUUGUAUGAUUACUUAUCUUCCCAACUUGCAAAGCAGGUUCAUCUUUGCAUUUUGAAGCGUUUUAAUAUAAUUUUUCUGUCAUUUUCUCGUUUUAUACAUAUUCCAAUAAUUCCUUUAUAUUCUCUGUAUUGAUGAGUAUUUUAUGCUUGUGAUAAAAUUAACCAUGUCCCUCAUGAUCUCUAGCGUAACCGAGAUUUCAUUUAACAACUUUUUAAGAAGAGGUUUAUUGUUUGAAAGGAAAUAUCAAAAGGUAUUUAUUAAGCUACAAGAAUUAUUAAUGGUUUUUAAAAUGCGAAUAAAAUAUCGUUUGAAUUUAU